CUUAUUGAGCUUCUUGAUCAAUAGGUACAAAUUUAAACAAAAAUGUUCUUUUUCCAACCAUACCUAUAGCCGGUAGGUAAUUUGUUAUUACUUUUGUUAUCACUGAUUUUAUCUUCCUCUCACAAUCACAAUGUGAUAAUAUAAUAUCAGUACCAAAAUUAAACCCAAAAAUUUGAUUCUUAUACACCAAGAUCCAAAUUUUUGAAUAAGUUACUCUUAAACAAGCUCUCGUAACGGUUGUCACAUCAAUCAUGUGGACAUGGUAUAAGUUUGUCAUUCUAUUAGGCUUCCUUGCCCUUUUAAUCGGACAAAUAGAAUCGGCAAACAUCCUUGGAGUCUUCACUAGCAGCAGUCCGUCACAUCAAAUUGUUCACGUAUCCUAUGCCAAGGCUCUGGCCGAACGUGGUCACAAUGUAACAGUCGUAACAACAAUCCCCUUAAAGGACAAAAACCCCAAGUAUCUUCAUAUAUUAAUUACUCCAAGUGAUGCAGCAAACAAAAUAAUUGAUGCAAUGAAAGCAAAAGCCAGUGAAAAACCUGGCGGAUUAAUUGAUUCCGCUAAAACUGCCUUGGAUAAUCUACUAGCAUUGGGAAGUAUUCAAGCUGAUAGUCUGAAAGAUGAGCGUUUUCAAGACUUCAUGAACAAUCCCGAUAACAAAUUCGAUCUUUUAAUUGUUGGUUAUUUCUUGAAUGAUUUCCAUGUUGGUCUUGGAGCUCAUUUCAAGUGUCCAGUUGUUUUAAGUUGGGCAGGAGCUCCUCUCGAUAUGCUCAACAGAUAUGUUGGAAAUCCUGCAGAAAUCGCAUAUGUACAAGCGAUAAAUGUCUACGGUGCAUCAGACCCAACAAAAUUCACAGGAAGACUUAAAAACUUUUUUAUUUUUCUCAUGUCGAAGCUCAUGGAAACAAUAAUGAAUUUUCAAAUGAAGUAUUUAUAUGAGUGAGUGGAGAAAAUUUAACAAAUUGGUUCCCUUUUUUUGUUUUACUAAAAGCUUAUUUGUUUAGUGAACUAUUCCCACCUUCUGAUUAUCCAGCAUUUGAAGAAGCGAAGAAGAAAGUUUCUUUGGUUCUAUUGAACUAUCACUUCACUGAUGGAUCUAUUCGACCAAAUGU